UCUUUGCACAGUGAUUAAGGGGGAGGACCAAUGGCAACAAAGGAGACGGAAAGGACGGUAGCUCCUCCUCUCGCUAUCUCUCUCUCUCUCCCUCUCUCCCUGUGCUUUAUAGAUGCAUAUAAUCCCUGAAUUGACCCAGAAAACAAACUCCUCCGACUGCCGAGACGCCGCAGAGUUUGUAUCCGCCGCAGGGCUGCAUGUAGCCGGAGCAUCAGCUGGAGAAACAACCCCGGCAUUGAUCCAACUUCUCCGUACGGACGGACUCGACAUUAAUCCAUCGGGGUGAUAGAGGCCAUGGCUGAACACAUGAUGAUGCCCAUGACCCACGGCUUCAGGAUGGGCAUGAACGGACCUCCGCAGCACAACGGCCAGCCCGGCAUGCGCACUCUGCCCAACGGCCAGGUGAUGCACUACGGCAGGAACCCUCAGAACAGCAUGGAGGCUGCCAUGAGACAGAGGCAGGGCAUGGUGGGACCCGGCGGGAUGGCCGGCCCCGUGAACGGAGUUCCCAUGGCCAACCACCACCACCAGAUGAUGUCUGGAAACAUGAUGUACAAUGGCCAGGGUCCGCAGCAGCAGCACCAGCACCACCACAUGCACCCCCAGCAGCAGCAGCAGCAGCAGCAUCAUCAUCAGCAGCAGCAGCAGCAGCAGCAGGGUGGACACCCACAGCAGUAUCUCCCUGGUAACCUCACCUCUCAGCAGCUUAUGGCCAGUAUGCACCUGCAGAAACUCAACACUCAGUAUCACGGACACCCGCUGGUCUCAGCCAACGGCCACCAUAUGCCCAAUGGUGCUCAGUAUCGGGUAGGUCCGGCCCAGCUAUCAGGCAUGCAGCACAUCGGCGGCCCUUUGGGACUAAACGGCAUGGACAUGGAUCUGAUCGACGAGGAGGUUCUGACUUCACUAGUGCUGGAGCUCGGGUUGGAUCGCAUUCAGGAGCUGCCCGAGCUCUUCCUGGGACAGAAUGAGUUUGACUUCAUAUCGGACUUUGUGUGCAAACAGCAGCCGAGCACGGUGAGCUGUUGAGUGAAGCGUCCGGAAGGCUUUCGGCUUUGUUUGGACUGGACAUCACCCCCCCCAAAGAAUGACUGAGCGGUCACAGUAGCACAGCGAGAGGAGACAAUCUCUCUGUUCUGUUUGGGUGUUUCUGUGUAUUUGACAGUGGCUAGUACACCUUCACACUGACCUACCUGUGAGUUGAUAAAGAAUUGUGAAGAGAGAAAACGCACCAAAAGCACCAGGUUUCCUUUCUUUGAGCCGGAUCUGUCGUCUUUGGUCAAAUGGAGGCAUCCUGAUGCAGCGGGCUCUGUCUGUACCCAUCUGGCCCUCAGCACAUGUGCCUGCAUUGUCAAGGCUUUGGGAUAAUUGUAAACUUAACAAACACAAUGGGGGAAGGCCUGGAAAGACUAUCCAUCUGGGUCUGCUAGAUUCUGUGGCAUCCCAAAAUCUUUUUAAGUAGCAGGCGUUUUACAAAUUUAUAAAAGGUAGUCCUCUGAAUUUGUUUAUACGAGGAUGAAGGUAUUAAGAACAAGUUGUUGUCUUUCCGACAUGCAUAUUGAAGGCUGGCUCUUCAAAACUGAGUUCCUACAAAAAAAAUUUACACAUUUCCUUGAAGAGCAGGAGAGUGAGGUUGUGCAGCAUUCCUGGGUGGCGUGAUGGGGUUUACCUCGGUUUGGUCGGGGGGGAAAUGUGCUACAUUGAUUCUUCAGCUUUCAGUGUCACUUACCUGACUCCGAUUUAAAUCUGCAAUCAUUAAAUGUAUCGCAUCUGUUCCCCCCUCUAGUUAACUGUGAUUGAAUCAUUGCCAAAGUAGCACAUUGCUUAGAGCAUCGGCUUAAACAAAGCAUUUACCCGUAGAAAAUGACUCGGAAGUCUCUGUGCUCCGAGAGAGCUAGAUGCUCAUUGCAAGCACAUUUUGGGUUGCUGCUUCGUAGAAUUGCGUAGGGAGGGAGAAACGUGAUAGUAUUGAUGAGAAACGCCAUGACUCUGGCCUGUUGCAAGAUCCAAGAAAAGCCAAAAAAAAAAAAAAACAGCCAUCAGAGGGUGAAG